AUGAGUGCCCGCAGAGUGGGAGCUGACAUCUCGAACGGCCCCAUUCAUCAUUACGCAAGCCAGAGCAGCCACGAUGAGACAGUUUUUAGGGCGCAGCAGAACAACCAGGCACUAGGAUACACGGCCCUCGCCCUUAUCCCCGUCUACUUACUUCUCGAUCAUUUUGGUUUCGCUCCAAUCUCGCUUAUGCGGGCGCUCUGGAACGUACUCGUUUACAUUACUCCAUCCUGGAUCCUCCUCGCAUUGGAUUCCCGCAUGUCGCCUUCAGAGUCCUCCCCCUCCAGUCCCUCGAAUAUGUCCUUCCACGCGAAGAGCGAGUCUAUGCAACGGAUACUGGGCCUGGACAACAACUCCUUCCCGUUUUUCCCUCGAUCGCGAUCCCUCUCAGGCCUCGGCAACGCACUCCUGGGCCACAACAAAGACGCUAUUCCUCCAGGGCUUGGAAACUGGGACAACUCCUGUUAUCAAAAUAGUAUUAUUCAGGGACUGGCUUCGCUGAAGUCGUUUUCAGCCUUCUUGGCACGCAACGUUGAUCGUCUGGGAGAUAAGAGCUCGUUCUCGACACACCAGGCGCUCAAAGGGAUUAUCGACCUCCUGAAUAGCGCGUCGAAUUAUGGACACAAGCUCUGGAUCCCCUCAGAUCUGAAAUCAAUGAGUAGCUGGCAACAGCAGGAUGCGCAGGAAUACUUCUCUAAGCUGGUUGAUCAGAUCGACAUCGAAAUUCAGCAGGCUUCGCGAGGGGAAACAAGGAAUAUGGGACUGAAAAUGACCGGACCGGAGGAGAACAUUCUCAAAGAGGUUUGCUUGGAUACAACUGCUGUCGACGAGAAUAUCGUUUCAGCAAUCGAGAAGGCUUCUUUACGCAACCCCCUGGAAGGUUUACUGGCCCAGCGGGUGGGAUGUAUGAAAUGUGGAUGGACAGAAGGACUGUCACUCAUCCCGUUCAACUGCCUCACGGUUCCCCUCGGAGCUAAGUCUGAAUAUGACAUACGCGAGUGUUUGGAUCAGUACAUGACAUUGGAGCCCAUUGAGGGGGUGGAGUGUGCCAAGUGCACAUUAUUACGUGCACGACAGCAACUGAAGAUCCUUCUAGGGGGUAUGCUUGACGAAGAUGAGGCUGAUAAGCUACAAUCACCUGGACUUUCGGAUGCUGUGAAGUCCUCUGCCCAAUCACGCCUUGACGCCGUGGAGACUGCUCUUGAAGAGGAUGAUUUCGCCGAGAAAACAUUGGCACAAAAAUGCCACAUCCCGUCAAAGAACCGAAUGUCUACAACAAAAUCUCGUCAGGCUGUGAUUGCUCGGGCACCCCAAUGUCUUAUCGUCCAUAUCAACCGAAGCCUCUUCGAUGAGACGACUGGGGCGCUGAUGAAGAAUCAUGCCACGGUCAAAUUCUCUAAAACUCUGGAUAUGAAUGACUGGUGUCUCGGUACCCAGCCUGCAAAACAGUCUCAAUGUAUGCCUGAGCGAUGGGAGACGGAUCCCUCCGAAUCGAUGCUUCCUCACCCAGGCGAGGCAGUCCGCAUUUCCAGCAGACAAUAUGAACUCCGCGCCAUAAUCACGCACUAUGGCCGCCAUGAGAAUGGUCAUUAUAUCUGUUACCGUAAAUAUCCAACAUCUAUCUUCCCAGCACCGGUUCCCGAUGAGAUCCUACAGGCUGAAGGAGAUAAGGAGAAGCCGGAGCGUUGGUACCGACUCAGUGAUGACGAUGUGCAGAUGGUUAGCGAAGGCCAUGCCAUGUCCCAACCAGGCGCCUUCAUGCUAUUCUAUGAGGCAGUCGAUUGUCCCGUAUUGCCGCCCUCUGAAGUCACGAAACCAGAAUCAGUUCAGUCCGAGGCUUCAGACUUGGUGUCAAAUUUCACCAUGUCCGAGGGCAUGUCAACCACAUCAACAGUGACAGACGCCGAGUCUACCACGUCCCGCGCAACAAGCGUAUCGGCCCCCGAUCGCGCUCCGCUGCCCGUGGAAGACGUCGACAUCAAGGCUACCUCCCCGCCUCUCAAGACUUCCCAUGUGCUGGGCAUCAACACCCAGACUCCUGCUGAUGACCUUGGCUCUCUAUCGGCCAUCAUUGCCUCAUGA